AUAGCCACUCCUCACCGGCACCAGCAUCUAAACCUCCGCCCCCAAGCUUGAAAAUUCCAAGCCGCCGACGCCCGGCCGCCUCCCCUCCCUCCUCCGAGAUGUCCUCGCCGCAAUCCUUCCUCCUUCUCCUUCCCUCCCCGCUCUAUCCGCAUCCCCUCCCUCCCCUCGGUGCCCCGCGCCCGCCUUCCUCGUCUCCCCCCGCCGCCCGCCGCUUCCCCUGCCUCGCCGCCAAGCUUUCCCCGCCGCCGCUCGCGGCAUCAUCCCCUCCUCCCGGCGGCUUCAGCGGCGGCGAUGGAGGAGGCGGAGGUGAUGGAGGGGGAGGAAGAGGCCCUCCCGGGCCCAGCGAUGGGUGGCGGCGGUGGCUCCAGGCCCUUCACCCGGAGCUCCUCGUCCUCUUGCUCCUGCUCCACCAGUCCGGCGCCUCGUCCGCACUCGCCGAGGCCCUCGGCGCCAGCGGCGGCGGCAGUGAUGAUGACGCGGGCGUCUGGGAGGUGAGGGGCGGCACACGCACGCGGCUCGUGCCGGACCCCACCGGGACCUCCUACCUCGUCGCGGGAGACGAGGGGCCGAAGCGGGAGGAAGGGGAUGAGAAAGUGGGAGGCGGCCGUGAGGACCUGGCCGCGCUGCGGAGGCAGCUGGAGCGUUCAUGGCGGCGGUGCACGGACGUCGCUGUCCAGCUGCUGCUCCCCGAUGGGUACCCGCACAGCGUCAGCAGCGACUACCUGCAGUACUCGCUGUGGCGCGGAAUGCAGGGCGUCGCCAGCCAGAUCAGCGGCGUGCUAUCAACGCAGGCUUUGCUGUAUGCGGUUGGGUUAGGGAAAGGAGCCAUACCUACUGCAGCUGCGGUGAAUUGGGUGCUGAAAGACGGGCUUGGGUACUUAAGCAAAAUCAUGUUGUCAAAAUUCGGCAGGCAUUUUGAUGUUAACCCUAAGGGGUGGCGGCUGUUUGCGGAUCUUCUGGAGAACACAGCUUAUGGGCUGGAGAUUUUGACGCCAGUGUUCCCUCACCUAUUUGUCCCAAUUGGGGCAGCUGCUGGAGCUGGUCGGUCCGCAGCUGCUUUGAUACAGGCUGCCACCAGGAGUUGUUUCUAUGCUGGAUUUGCAGUCCAACGGAACUUUGCUGAGGUUAUUGCAAAGGGCGAAGCGCAAGGAAUGUUUAGCAAGUUCCUUGGCAUAGCACUUGGCAUAGCAUUAGCUAAUCAAAUCGGCUCAUCUGUACCAUUAGCUCUCAUUUCAUUUGCUGGAGUUACUGCAGUCCACAUGUAUUGCAACCUUAAGUCAUAUCAAUCAAUUCAGCUGAGAACGCUGAAUCCUUAUCGUGCAAGCUUGGUAUUUAGUGAAUAUCUAUUAAGUGGACAAGUUCCAUCAGUCAAAGAGGUCAAUGAUGAGGAACCUCUUUUCUUCAAUCUGUCACUUGGUGCUUCACGUAAACAAAGCAAUAUUUUGUCAGCAGAAGCAAAAGAUGCUGCAGAUAAAAUUUGUUGUCGGUUGCAGUUGGGUUCUAAGCCUAGUGAAAUAAUUGAGAGUAAGGAAGAUGCACGUGCUUUGUUUGAUCUCUACAAAGAUGAGCAAUACUUGCUUACAGAAUACAAGGGGAAAUUUUGUAUUGUUCUUAAAGAAGGGUCUUCUCCAGAAGACAUGCUCAAAUCUUUGUUCCAUGUUAACUAUCUGUACUGGUUGGAAAGAUAUAUGGGCUUGAAACCUAGUAAUGUUGACUCAGAGUGUAGGCCAGGUGGAAGGCUUGAAGUAUCCCUGGAUUACGCUCAGAGGGAAUUUAGCCAUGUCAAACAUGAUGGUUCUAAUGGUGGCUGGGUGAUGGAUGGUCUGAUUGCCAGGCCCUUACCCUUAAGAAUACGAAUAGGAGAUGUUGUUCCUUCAUAAGACUUAUCAACUAGUUUUGCUCGGCGCUACACCUCUAAGAACUGUACAGUGUGUUUGUUAUUUGAGAAAUUUUGGAAGAUUAGGUCCUCACACCACUGGGCUACUGGAAUGAUUCUGAAUCUUAUCAGUGAGGUGUCUAAGCUAAGUAACUAACAGUUUUCAAUCGUCGGGACACUGGAAGUAGCCACAAAGUUUACCUCCCGCGAUCAUCUUAAGGCGGGAGCUGGUUAUAUCUUUUCUUUAGCUUUUUUUUCUUUUUGUCAGGUCAGAAUAGGAUACUUUUAGUUGGUUUACUGUUGAAGCCUGUAGUGGUGCUCACAAGACUAGGAGCACUUCAAGACAGAUGGAGGAUUAUCGCCGGAUGUGUGUGCUUGAGACAAAUCCUACUGAUUAUCUGGUUAUUGCUAAAACCAGAACACACGCGAUGCGUUAUGCACAAGUUCCACAGCCUGUUGGUUAGCUUAUUUAUGUAAAUAAACAUUUCGUAACAUUAAUUCAACUUGGGUGAGAAGAAAAGAACAGCUAAUUUGCCGAGUUC